UCCACGAAGGUCGAGUUAUAUCAUCUUCAGCGUUUGAGAAGACUCCCCAAGUCCACGCGGAUCUUCUAUGGCUUACGUCGAACGAGGUGUUGUGAAAUCCAAGCGAUCGAUAUGGCGACUGAAAACAGUAACUGAUUUCUUUUUGGCAAUCAUUAAUUACUUCCAAGUCUUCUUCAUGACUUUGUUUUCGAUGGAAAAAUCUGAUGAUUAUAAGAAAAGCUCCAGUAGCAGCAAGAAGUGGGGAGGUGGUGGUGGCAGUGGCGGUGGCGGGGGUGGCGGCCCAUAUCGUGGUGGUCUACGUGGCCUUGACCACGUUAGAGGCAUCGACCACAACGCCCCUCCAGCCUGUGGAUCUUGCUGUGGAGGCUAAAACGCUGUAUAGCCGAAACAGAAGUGUACAAGUACGUUUUGGAAAUGACUUAAUGGGAUUAAUAGUGUGUGUGAUUUAUUCGAUAAGCUAAGACAUAUGUGUUUGGUUAUGACUUAUUUCUAAAAGGUUACAUCUUCUCUAAUGCCAUUUACAUUUUAAGGAUGUUAAACUUUAAUUGA